CAGCGCCCCCUAACGGAGAAAUUACGUAUUCGAGUUCCUGUUAGUGAGAAAAGAAAACUGAAAGAAUAAUCGCAGAAAGGAUUUCUUCUACAGAAGAUUACUUUCACUAUGUCUUCAGACGAGGAAUUCUCUCUUGUGGUGGAUCCUUCACAGCCGUCUGAGGACACGCUGAAUGGAAUCCAGGUUUCAAUCACCAACUACAAGAAACAAUAUGAUCAGCUGAUGCAGGAGCAAAAGGAGCUGGCUGAUGCUCGAGACGAUGCAAAGGACAUGACCCAGAAGUUCAAGGAGCGUUCAAAGAAAUUGGCCGAGGAUAUAAAAAAGGAACAAAAGAGAAAUGAAGAGGAGCUUCAAAAUGAGAAACUAAGGCUGGAAUUGCUACUGCUGGAAGAGAGAGAUCUGCUGAAGGAGAUCGAGAGAGUGAAGGCAGCACUGAGGGAGGAAGAGGUGGCAGUAGAUUGUCUCAAACAGCAGAACGAUGUGUUCACUGCUGUGCCAGAAAAGAAGUUCAUCUUCAGUGGUAAAACAGACAAGGCAGUCAACAUGCAGAAGUUCGAAAUGAAAGCACACAUAGUCUACCCGAUGGAUGAAGGGACGGCACUGGUCACGUUUGAGGACAAAGACGUGGCAAAGAACAUCCUGAAAGCAAAGCAGCAUCAGGUGGAUCUGGGGAGCGAGUGUCGUAUCACGUUGGAGGCCAGGCCAGUUCACCUGAUGCUGCCCAGCCUGCUGGAGAUGGACACUGACAUUUGUCCUCAGCGCAUAUUAAUCUCCAACCUGCCCAAGAUGGACACUGAGACUAUGCUGAACAAGCUGGAGAUCCACUUCUCCAAGAGCAAAAACGGAGGCGGUGAGGUGGAGGCCUGUGACAUGCUGCCUGACUCGGGGACUGUGGUUAUUGCGUUCCUAGACAAAGACAUUGCCAAACGUCUGACGGAGGUGGAAUACCAUGAAGUCAAGCUCCAAGAAAAUAAUCACAGAGUGAGAGUGACUCCUUUUCUAAAUGGAAAGAUUACAAAUCUAGAGACCAAGAUGUCGGCGUGCUCUCGGACGGUCUUACUAACAGGAAUCCCCAAUGUCAUGGAACAGGACACGCUGCAGGAUGUGUUGGAAAUACACUUCCAGAAAAUGGGCAACGGCGGUGGAGAAAUCGAAGCUUUCCUCUACAACCCGAUGGGUCAGAAGACCUCUGCUGUGUUUGAAGAGGUGUCCACUUAAAAAAAACUGUCAGGUUCAGGGUGUUACCAUUUAUCAGACCAACCAUUACAUAUUAAUAACCGAGGAAAGAAAGUCUUGACAUAUCCUUUUGGGCUAAGUGCAAGUUGUCAUGUUUCAGAAGAUGAAAUAAAGAUGUUACCCACA